CACGGCGUCGACCCCCCGACCACAUCCAUCAGUCGCCGCUGCCGACGUUUGACAUUCGACGACAAAGGGGAGAGAUUUAGUCCGGAUUUCCACUGCGAUUUCUGCCCGCGUGCACCACGCCAGGACAACGACGACAAUGCAGUCGCCCAUGGCUGGUGGUGCGACUGUGCAGUCGCCGAUGGCCAUGUCAUCCCACGCGCCAGGCACGCCCGCCUCGCUGGGCUCCCAGACGCCUCGCCUGGGCCAUGGCAGGACAAUGACGCCUCAGACAUCCAUGUCCAGCUCCACAGCGCCCUACCUCACCCCGGCCGCCUUUCCCGCACCACCACCACAACCACAACCACCACCGCCUGGGCCAAAGAUGGGUCCUCCGGGCCCCGUGAUGAACAGCAGCCAUCCCAACAGCAGCUUCUCGCUUUUAUCGACGCAGAUGCAGCCCAGCACAUCGCACGCCCUCGCUGCGCAGUUCCCCCCUGGAUCCGCCCUCAGUCGCUUGCAUCAGUACGCUGAAGGGCUUUCAGCAGGGCCGGAUCGCCACACCGCCGAGUACUGGCGAUCAUUUGUCAAUGAGUUCUACCUGCCCACGGGCCACAUGCAUCUUGUCCUGUGGAACCCAACAUCACGAGAGCAAAAGGGCUUUGAUGUCCCUGCCUCUGUCGUCUCGCGCUGGCUCCAGACCAACUACGUCUCGGGCGUUCGAAGCACCCAGCUGCACCUCGAGAACCCGCGCGAGUACGUGAGCGGCCUCUCGACGUUUCCCAUGCCGCCGCGCUCGAGCCGGUUCGUGCACAGCGUGCCGUCGGCCAACGUCACCCACCUGCUCGAGACGACGCGGGCGACGAUGAGCAUGCACUUUGACAAUGGCUGGCAGGUCCAGAUGCUCGGCCUCGUCCGCGUGGCCUUUGUGCCCGCCACAAAGGUCGCCCAGUCGCCCUCGCUCCUCCUCUCGACGACGGCCACGCGCCUCGAGACGCAGCUCCGCAUCGAGUCCUUUGACUUUCUCGUCCAGUCCCACACCUCGCUCCUGCCCAGCCACUCUGUGCUCCGGUCCGAGAUCGAGCAGCCGAUUCCGCUUCAUGUUGUGAAAGCCAUCCUGGCUGCCAAUGGCCUUUCUACAUCCAAUCCCGUUCUUCCCUCUCAUUCUCACAAGUUGGCAGAGAAUGGCGCACCAGCAAAGGCGGCGACGGCAUCCGACGGCAGCAGCAGCAGCAGUAAUACUAGCAGCAGCGGCAAUGGCAAUGGCAAUGGCAAUGGCGGCGACAGAAGAGACGAUGGCAAAAAGGAGGGCGAUGGCGGAGCCAAAGAUAGAGGAAGCGAGGCAGACAAGGGGAAAAAGGAGACGAGCGACAAGGAGAAAGGGUCAACGAGCGGCGAGGAGGGUAAAGGAGCAGGCGCAUUCAGCGUCAAGGUCGACCGGCUCUCGGUGCCGGACAGCCCCGUCAACGAGUAUGGCAUCACGUUGAGGGCGAUGCGAUGCCUCGAGAUCACAGAGAGCGUGUGCCAGCUGCGGGAUCUUAUGGACUUUUCGAUGCGUGACCGGGCGUCGCAGCAGCUUGGGCCCAUCGAUGCGCUCAAAAGGCUUGCGCUGCAGUACAAGGACCUGCAGAGCCGCCAGGUCGCGCCUCUCGCAGGCGUGAAUAAUAUGAAUGCAGCUGGGCAGGCAGGAGCAUCGACAGCGACGACGGGAGCAGGGCAAGGGAUCGGGGCAGGGCAGCAGCAGCAGCAAGGAUUGUCGAGCAGAGUUAAUGGCGACCAGCCGGGGAAUUUAGGCGCAGAAGAGAGCAAGUCGGGAGGAGGCGCAGGGGGAGUCAAGCGCAGCCCUGCCCCGACAGCCAUGUCGAGCCCCAACAAGAAGGCGCGAUGACAUCGAUCACGCACGCGCACAAACAGAGGAGGAGGAGCAGAAGAGUGUGGGUUAGAAUUGUACUGUACGAGUCCUUUCAGCAUAUAUACACCACCAUCACCGUUAUCACCAACACAACCCAGACUGUUCUUUCUAUCGCAUCCAUUGCAGCAGUACACUUGU